GGAAAGUCGCUUCGCAGUUGGAGACCGAGUGGUGUUUUUCAUGUUGUUACUCGGGAUCCUUUUAGGGGUGAGGGGGGUUUGCAAAACUAAAUAGGCGAGCGGAGAGGGGUCAAUGCCUGAAAUCCGGUAUUAUUGAAGAACAAGAAGUGAUGAAGGCGCCGCAAGAGCUGUUGAAAAGGAGUCUGCAUACCCCCUACAGAUCUGACAAGACAGCGAAUAGCUUGCAUUUAAUUGUAAAACAUUAAAGAAAGACUUUUUUUUCCCUUAAUCAAACCAGCGUGGGAUUUGUUUGGAGAUCAUUCGUUGUACACAGGUCUACUCGCCGUUUUUUGUCAACGGAGAUAACGACCUUUUUCUUCUUUUUUAUCACCGUGCUGUGGUUCUUUUUUUGCUUGUGGAAAAUCUUGGGACACUUGUUGAAAUUUCAGAGUCUUCGCUCAGUGGCAUUGUAAAUUCAGGCGUACGUUACAGUAUACGGACAUACAGUCGCAAUAUUGUUGGACCAAAUAUAUGAAAUUUUACAGCCUUGUUUUUUAAACUAAUUGAAGAUUAUUUUCUGGACAUUAUAUGUACUUUCCAGCAUUUGAUAUUGAUUUGUGGCCGCGGGUGCUGUAAUAUGGAGUCUUUUGUACAGAGGAUGGAAAGGAUUCUGUAACAGUGGAUUCGGUGUUAGGUUAUUGUGAUUUUGUAACGAGAUGCUUACUUUCGCCGUAAGCACUUUUUUAAAGUUCUUAUAAAUGCCGCUUUAGUGACAUUUAUGACCGUAUAAAUGUAUAUAUAUAUACGCAAAAUACAAAUUAUUUCAUAGCGUUUUUAGCGUUACGAGCAAUCUAAAAUACUUCCUAAAUACAAUUUAAAAAGUUCAUUGCAUUUUUUUUACCUUUCCAUCGCGUUAACUCCCAUUGUUCAAAAGUUUCUGAGAUUUUUUUUAAAGAAGAAAUUAUAUUUUCUAAAAAGCUUGGCUAAAUAAAAAGUUUAGAUGCUUGGCAUUUUCAGUUUUAAGACAUUUCUGACUUGUCAGCUUUCAAAACAAAUUUUGACAGUACAUAAUGCUGAGAAAAUUUAGGACUGGCGCUAAAUAUUCUCUAAACUGUACAGAAUAGCUUCUGAAUGCAUAUCUAGCUACACUUUUCUUUGCAAACUAUUAUACUGUUGUCAUCAUUUCGGAUACGGAGUUUACGAACAGGGAAGAUGGAUUGAAAUAAGGACUUGUGACACCUGCUGUGCAUUUUUUUUUCUUAAAGUCUAUUAUCUAUUUUUUUUAAAAAAACAACUGAGUUUAACUUGUGGAACUGUGCGGCCCACACCAUGUCCGGAUCCCCGGGCUCGGGUGGCUCUAACCCGCGGAAAUUCAGCGAAAAGAUUGCGCUGCACAACCAGAAACAGGCCGAGGAGACUCGGGCCUUCGAACAGCUUAUGACAGACCUCACUCUCUCCAGGGUGCAGUUCCAGAAGAUCCAGCAGCUGCGCUUGUCGCAGAGCCGGGUGCAGUACUACGGCGGCUCCCUGCCCAACGUCAACCAGAUCGGCAAUGCCAAUGCUGACUUCCAGGGCGGCUUCCCCUCCGGUCUGGACAGCGUGCGAGGGACCCGACACCACGGCCUGGUGGAGAGGGUCCACAGAGAGCGCAGCCGCCUCAACUCCCCUCACCGGAGACUAGCUGACAAGCAUGGACGGCAGGUUGAGAGCUCUCCAUACGGAUCGGUGUACCUGUCUCCACCCCCUGAUAACAGCUGGAGAAGGGAGCAGCAGUCCUGGAGCGAGGAGAAAAGGCCCGGAUUUAGAUUAAUGUCCCAGCUCAACAGGACGAAUUCAGACUCUGCCCUGCACACGAGCGCCUUGAACCCCAAUCCUCAGGACUCUUUUGGAGGGAUGAACCAGCAGAUGGGCAGAGGGCCCCCACAGCGCAAUGCCAGCGUCAAUGAAGCUGAUGUGGAUGGCUCAGGAGAAGUGUUCUCCUUCCCAGCCUUGCCCAACGAAGAGAGCCUAAUGGGGGUGAGUAAGCCCCUGCCCAAACAGCUGUGGGAGGCCAAGAAGGUUCAGUCUCUGUCUUCACGCCCCAAGUCCUGUGAAGUGCCUGGAAUCAAUAUAUUCCCGUCCCCGGAACAGAAUGCUGGUCUCUCCCAUUUCCAGGGGACAUUAAACACAGGAGGAUCACUGCCAGACCUCAGCAACCUGCACUUCCCCUCGCCCCUGCCCACGCCUCUGGACCCUGAGGAUGGGGGGUACCCCAACCUGAGUGGGGGGAACAGCACUGGCAACCUGCCUGCUGCCAUGAUGCAUUUGGGCAUUGGAAACUCACAAGGUCUCUCUUCGUCACUGAGCAAUCCUUCCAUCCAGGCCUCCCUCAACAACUCCCAGCUGCACUCGUCUCUCAGUAACCCCUCCAUCCACUCGUCCCUGCGCCUCUCCUCGCUGUCCAGCCCCCCUUCGGGCAGCAUAGGCAGCUCCCCAAGGAGGCGCCCCACGCCCGUUAGCCCCCUCACUCUGUCCCCUGGGACAGAGCAGCGCAGAGGUCUGGUCAAGCAGCUGUCGCCCACCAUGUCGCCCUCCCUGUCCCCUAUCACUCAGGGGGUUGCCUUGGAUACCAGCAACCUGCCAAUGGAGCCACCCCCUCCUUACCCUCUCUACCAACAAUCCCAGCAGCCAAUGCAACAGCAGUCCCAUCAGCCACUGCAGAACAGUUCUCAGCAUCAUCCAGGGCAGCAGCAGCAGCAGCAGCAGCAGCAACAUCAACAACAUCAACAACAACAACAUCAACAACGUCAACAACAGCAUCAACAUCAACAACAACAGCAUCAUCAACAUCCGCAUCAGCAGGGAGUCCACCACCAGCCACAACAGCACCAGCAGCACCAACAGCCAGUGUCCCCUCUGCACAACCUGCCUCUUGACCUCAACUCCUCCAGUCAUAACAAUAUGGGGGCAUUCUUCAGUGACCCUUUCAUGGACCCCCAGCUCUCCAAUCGACAGUCCAAGUCCCUGUCUUACCAGCUUGACCAGUUCAGCAUGCUGGAGAGCGCCAUGAGCUCCAUGCCGGGAGGCAGCUACUUUGACCCGGGCUCCAACCUGUCCUACUCCCAGGCCGGGAUGAUGGGGCUGGGAGGUAGCCAUGGCAACCUGCAGGACUCGCUGCAGAUGAGGCAGAACAUGCUUUUCUCCAACUGCGGAGGGGGCAUCCCCAACAUCAUUCUGACUGACGAAUCGAACCCGAGCCUGUCCAAGGACAUCAGCAGUGCGCUAUCGGCGGUCCCCGAGUGCUUCGACUCGGAGGGGGGGUUCCCUCUCGGUGAAGAGCUGCGCAUCGAGCCGCUCAGCCUGGACGGCCUCAGUAUGCUGAGUGACCCUGACAUGGUCCUGCCUGACCCCUCUGUGGAGGACACCUUCCGCAGCGACAGGCUGUAGGAGAGGAGGAAAGGGCGCUGUGCUCCCCCUGCACACACACUGCAGAUUCACACUGCCUCAUGCUCACACACCAAGGGCCCUAGGCUGUAGAUGCCCCGUCAUCCACUGAAGAGUAAGAAGGGGAAGUCCUUCUGUAAUGGGCAAAAAGACAAACGUAUGGACAUAUACAUGUUUACAGCUCAAUCAAAAGAAGAAUAGCUUUGUUAAAGUGAACACCCCUCCUGAACAUGCACAUUCAAGCACACCUACACAGAUUGGAAUAAGGAAUGGGCAUUGCCCCAUUUUAAGCUGUCACACAACAGAAAACUGUUCGCUGGGAGCUGUACCAGUCGUACUCACCUUGCCCAUCCGCCUAUCAACACCUGGCCUGCUGACGAUGCACAUGUCCAUGGCUUACUCCUCAUGCAGACCCUUAUAUUUUUCAGAAAUUGCCAUAAAUAAAAGUCAUAGUACAAGUGGGAGUCUGUAUGCAAAAGCUAGAGAGGGACAUAAAGCCCAUGGCACAUCCCCUUGGCAAGACAUUGCAUGGCUUUUUGUCCUGCCAGGCUCUUAUUUAGCAAAAUGGGUAGUGAUCAGAAAGAACUGAAAAGGAUGGGAUGGCCCAAUAGAUGCACAUUGACAUUGCAGAUGGGGUUCCUCCGGUUUUAACUGUCCGCUCGCCUCGAGAUAACACAAGCCAUGUUCUGAAAACACCAGCAGCGAUAUCGUGAAUCCCAAAUCAUGCCAACACCAGCAAAAUUGACCAAUUGCACAGCCCUCCCUGGCGUCCCAGAGCUGUGUAAUAAGCCAUAAAGGCAGUGGCAGUACUUCUAGGUGUCUACAUGCUGUAGAAGCCAGACACUAGUCUCUAGCCAAAUUGUUCCCCUUUGCGCCAGUCCCUGCAAAAAUAAUUUUAUCAAAAGAGGGAGUUAUCUUUUUUUUAUACAGAAUUUUUACGUGUAAUAUGUUCUUUCAUAUUUUUUUUUGUAACAGGUUAUUUGCCGCAGAUAUUUUUGCAGUCAGUUUAGAAUGUAUUUUUAAAGCUAAGACAAAAAAGGGCAGACUGUUUACAAUGAAAAAAGUUUAAAAAAAAGUUUAAAAAACAACACAAGCAAUACUGUGUGUUGAAAUUCACCAAUGUUUGAAAAAUCUCGGUUUCUUAUUUUUUUUUUAAUUCUUGUGAAAGAAGUUCAUACCUACAGUAUGUAGUGAAGUAUCGUCAGCGCAGACGCCACUAGAUCCUUGUCAAGAGUGCUCAACUGAUUUUGGAGAGCUGUUCUCUGAUUUUGGUUUACAGGGGUAAGUGGAUCUGGAAAUAGGCUGUAGCAAUGAAAGAAGAUGAAAGAGGACCUGUAGGACUUGCUACUCUAGUAGAUCUAUGUUCUUCUCUCGAGAUGUGUAUACUGAAUUAAUGUAAUUGCAGCUCAUACCAGUCUCAAAUCUCUUUUUGUUCUAAGCUUCAAAUCACUGUGAGUAACAAAGUUUAGAUUGCCUGGUCAUAUAAAAAUUUUGAGAGUUCCUCUUUGUUUUCCUUUCACUACCACAGUUACAUGAACAAGACUGGAGUGAAAUGCACUAAGACCACUGAAGCAUAUUCUUACAGCUACUGCUGCAGAAUACGGGUGAAGGGAGGUGAUGAAAUUAAGCUACUAUAUACUGUACAGCAUCAAUCCCAUCACCAUCAGGGCUCCUUCUCUGUAGGUCAAGAGGGUCUCCAGUCAGUGAUAAGUCUAAAAAGCUGUACAUGCCUUCUGCUGGGUAUUCCUAACUUCUGCCUUUGGUGCUUGAUUUACAGAAAUAAAACAGUGUUUGUAUACGUCAGAGGAGAAAUCCCCUCAGACUUCCAUGUUUUUGCAGAUAGUAGAAAGUUUCGGUUGUGUAUGUUAAUUUGUCAGCAAAUCCAAAUAAAAGGCACAGACAGCUAAAUUAAGGCUACGGGCCCAUGCAGUGUGAAUGUGGCUCCUUUGAGUGACAAUACAGCACUGAAAAGAAUGUAACUGAGGGUUUAAAAGAGAAAUGUUCCUGCAAUGGAUAGGUUAUCAUACAAAUGUCCUUAACUUUUACAUAACAACAGAUAAGAAGGGACAUUUAGCACUGUGCUUAUCACUCACUGCCUGUUUGCGGAAAGUUUUUUCUGAGACUUUUUUUCAAGGAGAAUUUGAUCACUAAAUUAAAAGAAAAAAAGUGAAUUUGUUUAUUAUAUGUUUAAAGAGAAAUGGUGAAUUUGUUGGAUGUAGGCUUGAGCAGCAGGACAAAAAAAAUCAAGCUCAAAGAAUAGAAGAACAGGUUAAAGAUGUGGAUUUAAAAAAAUAAUUCUGUAACAGCAGAGUAUGGUUAUAUAUAUCUACUCUAGAAUAAUCAAAUACUCAAUAUUCGGAAAGUGUGAAAUUGGCUUACCUACAUUUUAUUUUUAUGGAAAUCCCAGAAAUAAGGAAAUAUGGCCCCUAAAAAUGUGAAAUUUAGGGUAAAGCAGAAAAAACUACCUGGUGCCUUAAGCCCCAAUUAAUUGAAUAGCAAGUAAGCAAACAUCUUGCUUGUGUUUUUCUUUGUUACACAGUGCUGAGUUCAUGAUACUGCAAAACCAAACCCAUACUGCAAAAUGCUGUCAGCUGUAAAUACAGUAAGAUUUGCUGAAUGAUUUGUGAUUCUCUUGGUCAGAACGCCUCCUGGUGUCCAGUCACUGAAGUUCCUUUUAUAUGUCUGGAAUUCAUAUUCUAAAGCUUCUUGUCAGAACACUUAAAACAACUGAACUUAGAACAAACUCAGAGUACAAUAUAACAUUGGCUCUUCCAGGGGCUCUCUCCCUCGGCUUGAUUUACUGUUUUGCGGUGCGGACUGGCAGUGUGGCCUAUUGUACAGGCGCCACUGAAAGGCAGGGGAAGGAGGAAAAGGUGGAACAAACAGACCAGUUGUGAAAUGACCAUUUGAGCACUGCCUGUAAAAGCAAAAAGAGAUCUGGGUUUACUUUGCAGUAAAGUUCCCUUAGGCCCUCCUUCUGAGUGUAUCUGAACAAGCUUUUUUUUUGUACAUAUACAGCAGCAUUUUCUCUUACCUCCCUUUAUCCAUUUCUGCCGACGGGGGAUGUUUUUGCAGUUGUGAGAAGAGGAUGGAGAUGGUGCUUUCCUGAGCAUGAGGAUAUACACGCCUCUCCGCUGUUGAGCUCAUUCUCCCCACUCUGUGACCGAAACAUCCCUUUUACCCAUGGUCAGCACAACAAAAGAAACCCGUACUUGGUGCAGGAAAGACUUUGAGGAGCUCUUAAAAACUUCCUAUUUCAGGAAGCAAGGAAAAGACCAAAAUUUAAAGCAAAAAUAAUGUUUAAUUCGCUGAUGGCAUUUUCUUA